GCCUCUUCCUGCCGGCGCCGAGUUUCGGUUUCGCCGCGGGGCGAGUGCAGCCCCGCGCUCCGACGGCCGCGGCUCCCGGGCUGCUGACGGCAGGUGGCGUGCGGGGCGGCCCCUCGUGGGGUCCCGAGGACUUGCCCGGGCCGCGGCCGCACAGACGCGCGUCUCCGGGGCUCGGUGGCUUUCACCGGAGCGGCGGGCGCGGGACCGAGGCCAGGUCGGCGGCGGUCGGCACCGGCUGCCAGAAACCCCCAGGCGGGCGGACGCAUGGAGUGUCCGGCGUGCCAUCACGUCUCCAGCGAGGAGGCCCCCAAGUUCUGCAGCGAGUGUGGGGAGAGGCUGCCACCCGCGGGCGCCCUGCCAGGCUCCAAGAAUGACAGUGGCGCUGGCACCGUGGCCGUGGCCCUGGAGGCAGGUGUGCAGUGUGUGGACACGGCACGGGCAGGAGACGGGGCCCCUGCCUCGACCCUGGGCUCAGGUGAUUGGCAGGAAAGCGCAGAUGAGCCCGGCUCCGACGCCUCCUGGACCGUCCAGUUGAGUAAGAAGAAAAGGAAGAAGAAUCAGGGCAGUGCUGCUUCCUCAGCGCCGGGCCCCUCGCCCCUGCCUGCCCCCGGCCCCUCCAGUCUGGUGCCCCAGGACACAGCCCGGCCCCAGCCGCCGCUGCAGGGCACAGGCCCCGAGGAGCCGGCCCCGGGGGACAGCCGUCCCAGACCCCAGGACCUGUGCGAAGGGGCGGGCCUGGACCCCGGCCAUCCCCUCGGGGGCAGAGGCCUCUCCGGGGCGGGGCCCAGCCAGGCUGCUGCCACUGCUGCCCAGGAGCUCCUUCCGGCAGAGUCGCCGCGGGACGACGCUGAGCCCGGGCAAGGACCCAGGAGCGAGCCGCAGCCAGCCAGGCGGCCGGAGCGGGCCCCCGCCUCCGGGGCUGUUGAGGCUAGAGCUCAGCCAGCUGCCGGCGCUGGCGAGGAAGUGAACGGCAAGGCCCAGAAAACCAAGCCGCCGCCAGCGAGUGCCCCCGCUUCCCAGAAACAGGGCCAGGAAGCUGAAGCCCAGGACGCCACAGCUGUGACCGGAGACAAAACGCAGAAAAACAAGCCGGCAAAGCUGGAGGCCCCGAAGAGGCCGGAAGGAAGCAGCAGAAAUUGUGCGGCUGCUCUGAGGAGCGAGAGGAGCCAGGAGGGGGGUGCCCGGGAGGCCCCGGAGAGCGGGCUGAGCCCCGGCGAGGGAGUCACGGUGUACUUCCACGCUAUCCUCUCUAAAAACUUCGACUUUGACCCCAGCCACCACAAAGUGUUCAUCAGGGGAGGAGAGGAGCUGGGAAAGACCAAGUGGACGGAUGUGUGCGAGAUGAACUACACCAGGGACUUGCACGAGAACGGGUCCCUCAUCGAAGGCAGCUUGGUCAUCUCCAGGCAGCACCUGAACACGGCCAUCCCCUACAAGUACGUCGUCCACCGCGGCAAAGACUCCGCGGAAUACGAGUUCAUCUACAAGCAGCAGCAGAGGUGGGGCGAGCACGUGAACCGCUGCCUGUGCGUGAAGUCCGCCCUCGUGGGCUCGGGAGACUGGCACCAGUACGACGACAUCAUCCGCAUGAGGCCGCCCGGGAAGAUUCGGAAGUUGCUGGAUAAAUUCACGGACAACACGCGGAAGGACCUGGUGCGCGGGAAGCAGCUGGCGGCCGGCGUCAUGCUGGACAGCAUCUUCAGCGUCCUGCAGCCCUGGAGCCCCGUCAACCUCGGCAGCUUCUUCACGCAGCUGCAGCAGUUUUACGCCGUCGUCCGCGUGCCCAUGGUGUACGAGGGCCAAGCCCAGCCCUGGAGGUCACUGCAGUACGAGGAGGCGCAGGUGAAGGAGGACCUGUGGCAGUAUCUGAAGAAGCAGAUGGCACCGUUCCUGGAGGGAAAAGGCGGCGAGCACGCGCCCGGCGACGGCCCGGUGAGCAGCAAGCUGAGGAUGGGCCUGAUCAUCCUUUUCUCGGUGGAGAAGUUUGACCUGUGCCUCCCACCGAGUGACCUGGGCCUGCUCUGCCGCCUGCUCGUGCCGGGUGCCCGCAGCGCCGACGCCCUCCAUCACGACCUCAGUCACUUCCCCGGAACCUUGCACAGCUGGCGAAUGUUCUUGGUGAACCUGUGUCAGAGGUGCAUGGAGAGCAAGGUGGACUCCUGGCUGGCCGUGCUGCCCGUCCUGCACUACUUCAUGGAGCUGUCGCCGCCCAGCAGGGACGUGGCCAGCCAGCCCGAGGACAGCUGGGCGGCCCUCCAGGGCAUCUCCUUCUGUCCGUUCCGGGAGAAGACGCCAGAGCCGAACCAGCUGCUUCAGGUCAUGGAACGGAACCAGCACUUGCUGGGCCUGGAUCAGUAUCUCUUCCGCUCCUGGUUUAGUUUGCUUCCUCUGGGGCAGCUGGUGCACUACAUGGAGAACUUCGCCGAGCACCUGACUGGCUGUCCUGCCCGGGUCCUGGACUGUUUCCUGGGGACUGCCUACCGGCUGCAGGAACAUUCCUGGGUCGGGUACCUGAACACAAAGACAUCGACGUCUUACUUCCGCCCCUCCCUGCCGCAGGCUAUCAAGAAGGUCUUCCAGAUGCUGCUGCACCUGCUGGACAUCUGUCAGACCGCGAUCGUCCAGGAGGACUUGCUGCAGGCCUGCCGGGCGGUGUGCUUGAGACUCCAUGAGCUCGCCUGCGGCAUCACCAAGAGCGAGAAGUUCUACAAGAUCCCUGCCUUGUCUGCGGAGGCCGUGUGCAAACUGCUCGUCCUGCAGCCCGCCGCGGACUCCGUGGGGGGGCCUGGGGCGGCAGCCGGGAGGAGCUCGGGCACGGCCGCCUUCCAGGGGACGCUGGCCGCCACGAGGGCCUGGCUCCAGGGGGUCUUCCAGGAGAACAUGCUCAAGAACUCGCAUUUCUCUGCCGUCCGGUUCACCUACCCCGACGAGAUCCAGGUCUGGAGGCGGCUGGUGGAAAUAGGCUUCCCCGCGGAGCUGGGCUGGAAGGAGUCCCUGCUGGGAGACCUGGAGGGGAGGCUCAGACAGGAGAGGCCGCUCGCCCAGAUCUCCGCCUACUGCAGCACCCGCUGGGACACCGCAGGCCCCGAGGACAGCGUGGCCCAGAGCUUUGAGAAGUGCGUCAUCGAAGCCGUGAGCUCAGCCUGCCAGUCUCAGACCAGCGUCCUGGAGGGCAUCUCCUGUCAGGACCUGAGGAAAUUCGGCACCCUCGUGUCCGCCGUGAUCACCAAGUCGUGGCCCCGACGCCACGGGGAAGCCACGGACGACUUUGAUGAGAUUCUGAAACACCUGCUCACGGGGCCCGACGUCAAGCAUCUCUUCAAGUUGUACGGAACCGACGAGAAGAUACUGGCCAACAUCACGGAGGAAGGCAAGAAGCUGAUGGCCGCCGCCGACUCGGUGUUCACCAUGGCCGCCGCCGGGCUCGUGUCGGGCAGCGUUCGGGUCGGGCACCUGGAGCUGAUCCUGGGGCACAGGGCCCAGUUUCUCGACGUCUGGCGACUGCAGAGAAAAGCGUCUUCCCCCCGAGAGCGAGAGGACCAGUGCGACAUGGAGGAGUUGCUGGGCUGGAGGAGCGCAGAGCUUGACUUCCUGAAGACCGAGCGGAGACGCGUGGGCAGCCUCCUGAGUCAGUGUGCGAAGGUGCAGCACCUGGUGCAAGUGGACUUCGGCGAGAUGGCCGUGAGGCACGCGGAAGACCUCAGCCGGGGAAGACUGAAUGCGGCCGUGACCGUGAGGCUGCCCGGCUCCUCGGGCGAGGAGCUGGCCACACACUACCGCCUCAGCCCCCAGGCCCGAGGCAUGGCCGAGCAGAUCGACCUGCUAAAGGACAGCCACGUCUUCCAGCUCUUCUGGGAGGAGGCCGCACAGUCGCUGGGCCGGCCGCUGCGCCUCCCAGAGCCGCUGGGCGCGGCCGAGGAUGAACCGCAGCGGCCAGUCGUGACGCUGGACGCGGCCCACGACGCUCUAUUUUGUCCCUGCUAUGAGAGGUUUCUCAGGUUUUACCGGAACCUGAAGUCAGGAGAGGUCACCCUGGCGGAGGUGGACGUGGUUUUCAGGGACUUCGUGAGCAAGUACAGUAGCCUGGCCCUGGAGCUCCGGGCCAUGAGUGCUGUGGACGGGCAGAGCAUGAGGGGCUGGAUUUAUGGCCGUGUCCAGCAGAUCGAGGAGUACCACAGCCUGCACCGGGCCGUGCACUCGGCCAAGGUCAUCCUGCAGGUCAAAGAGGACCUGGGGCUGACCGGCAGCUUCAACAUCCUUUACACUUUACUCAACUUCACGGAUGACUUCGACAAAUUUCGCCACGAGAAACUGGACCAGAUCAGCCCGCAGCUCAUCCAGGCCAAGAAGGUGCUGCAGGACAUCAGCGAGCCCCGCUGCCAGUGCCUGAGGGAGCUGUCCCUGUGCAGGGAGUUCAUCGGCUGGCUCCGCGACGCCCUGGCAGACAUCAAUGAGCUGAAGGUGUUUGUGGACCUGGCCUCCAUCUCCGCCGGGGAGAAUGACAUCGACGUGGACCGCGUGGCCUGCUUCCACGACGCCGUGCAGGGCUACGCGCCCCUGCUAUACAAGCUGAGCGCCACGGCGGACUUCCCCGAGUUCAUGGACCAUCUCAGGGAGCUCUGGAAGGCCCUGGACAACGACCAGCACCUGCCCAAGAAGCUGCGCGAUUCCGCCAGGAACCUAGAGUGGCUGAAGACGGUGAAGGAGAGCCACGGGUCUGUGGAGCUGUCCUCCUUGUCCCUGGCCGCGGCCAUCAACAGCAGAGGCAUCUACGUGCUGGCGGCACCCCGAGCCGGGCACAGGAUUUCCCCCGACGCGGUGCUGCGCCUGGACCUGCCCCAGGGCCAGGGCUGGCAGGACGAGGUGCGCAGGUACACCCUGGAGGAGCUGAAGGAGCUGCUGAACAAACUGAUGCUGCUGUCCGGCCAGGGGGACCACAACAGCUCCGAGGUGGAGCGGUUCUCCGAGGUGUUCUGCCGCGUGCAGAGGCUGGUGCAGGCCUUCAUCGACCUGUACUCCGCGGGAAACGUGCUGUUCCGCGCCUGGACCGCCGAGGUGCGCUGCUCCGUGACCAAGGUCGCGUCCAUCCGUCUGGACUUCGGCCUGGAGGUGCUGGCGCCGCUGACGGGCCGCGGGGACGAGCUGGAGCUGCUGGAGGCCGUGUGCCGGCAGAUGGAGCGCUUCCUGGCGCGCUGGGAGGCCUUCGUGACGCGGCAGCGCGAGGAGCACUUCUACCUCAACUUCUACACGGCCGAGCAGCUGGUCUACCUGAGCGCCGAGCUGCCCCGGGCGCCCCCCAGCGAGGCCGCCCUCACCAUGCUGGGCUUCCUCAAGGGCGGCUGCACCCCCGCCGACGUCUCGUGGGCCCUCUCGGGGAGCGGCGGGGAGGGGGCCCGGGCCCGCGCCAGCGCCACCCUGCAGGAGCUGUGGCCCGCACUCCUCGCCGAGUUCAACCUGGAGAAGCAGCUGAGCCUGUUCCUGGAGCAGGCCGUGGGCUGCGUGAGCGCCUUCCUGCCCCACUGUCUGGACCUGGACGCCGUGGGCCGCUGCCUGGCGCGCCUGGCCAGCCUGGGGGGGCCCCCGGUGGAGCGGCGCCUUCCCCAGGGCCUGCAGGCGGGCCGGCCCAACCUGAUCCUGUGUGCCCAGGCCGAGGUGCUGCCGGCGGCGCUGGCCGUGUACAUGCAGGCGCCCGGGCAGCCGCUGCCCACCUACGACGAGGUGCUGCUGUGCACGCCCGGCACCAGCUUCGAGGAGGUGGCGCUGCUGCUGCGCCGCUGCCUGACGCCCGGCUGCCGCGGCCGCCGGCUCUACAGCCUGCUGUUUGCCGACCGCCUGAGCUACGAGGUGGGCUGCCGGGUGGAGGCGUUGUUCCACAGCCUGUGCGCACGGCACCACCGCGACGACUACCAGCUCGUGCUGCUGUGUGACAGCGACCGCGAGCACUGCUGCCUGCCCUCGGCCUUCAGCCGGCAGAAGGUCCUGGUCACCCCGCAGGCGCCCCUGGACACCAUCCAGGCCUACCUGGCGCGGCACUACCAGGUCCCCCAGCAGACCCUGUCGGCGGCGGCCGUGUUCAGGGACCGGAUGUGUGUGGGCAUCGUGGCCUCCGAGAGGGCCAGUGUCGGGAAGUCGCUGUACGUGCGGAGGCUGCACAGCAGGCUGAGGCAGGUGCACGGGCAGCGGGUGCCCCUGAAGACCAUUCGCCUGAUGGAGCCCGAGGUGGACGAGAGCUGCGUCCUGAGCAGCCUCGUGCCCUUCCUGAACGCGCCGUCCCAGAGCACACCCAUGAUCUUCCACUUCGACGUGACCUCCUCCGUGCGGGUGGGCGUCGAGGCAUUCCUCUUCAAGCUCCUCGUGUUGCAGUACUUGAUGGACGUCCACGGGAAGAUGUGGCUGCGGAACCCGCGCCACCUGUACCUCGUGGAGAUCCUGGAGGACAAGUCCGCGCUGGCCAAGAGGCCGUCGAGACGGGGCACGCAGGCCCCGCACUUCAGCCUCCUCGACGUCUUCCCGAAAGUCACCUGCCGGCCUCCCAAAGAAGUGCUGGGCGUGGGGCCGACUCCCGGGCCCGGGCUGGACGAGCGGGAGUUCCGCAGCGAGACCUUCCAGAGGCCUUACCAGUACCUGAGGCGCUUCCACCUGCGCCAGGACCUGGACGCGUUCCGGUACCAGCCGGGCUCGGUGGAGGGCGGCCCCGGGGAGUGCCUGCAGCUCCUGCUGCUCCACUGCGGCGUGGCGGACCCGUCCUGGGCCGAGCUGCAGAACUUCGCGCGCUUCCUGAACUGCCAGCUGCGGGACUGCGAGGCCUCGCUCUUCUGCGACUCGGGCUUCACCGGAGACACCCUGCGGGGCUUCAAGAGCUUCGUGGUCACCUUCAUGAUCUUCAUGGCCAGAGACUUCGCCACGCCCACCCUGCAGACCUCGGACCAGAGCCCCGGGAAGCACCUGGUCAGCAUGGACGGGGUCCGGGAGGAAGACCUGGCCCCCUUCUUGCUCCGCAGGAGGUGGGAGUCGGAGCCCCACCCGUACGUCUUCUUCAACGACGACCGCGUGUCCAUGACGUUCAUCGGCUUCCACCUCCAGCCCAACCAGGCGGGCGGCGUGGACGCCGUCAAUCACCUGAACGGGCAGGUCAUCAAGAAAGACGUGAUGACGCAGCAGCUGUACCAGGGGCUGCUGCUGCAGAGGGUGCCCUUCAACGUGGACUUCGACACGCUGCCCAGACACGAGAAGCUGGAGCGGCUCUGCCUGGCCCUGGGCGUCCAGUGGCCCCACGACCCCGACGAGACGUACGAGCUCACCACGGACAACAUGCUGAAGAUCCUGGCCAUCGAAAUGCGGCUCCGGUGCGGGAUCCCGGUCGUCAUCAUGGGGGAGACCGGCUGCGGGAAGACCAGGCUCAUUAAGUUCCUCAGCGACCUGCGUCGUGGGGGCGCCGUGGCCGAAACCAUGAAGCUGGUCAAGGUCCACGGGGGCACGACGGCCGACGCGAUCCGCUCCAGGGUCCAGGAGGCCGAGAGGGUCGCCCUCCGCAACAAGGCCCAGCACGGGCUGGACACCAUCCUGUUCUUCGACGAGGCCAACACGACCGAGGCCAUCAGCUGCAUCAAGGAAGUCCUGUGUGACCGCUCGGUGGGAGGCCAGCCCCUGGCCGAGAACUCCGGUUUGCACAUCAUCGCGGCCUGCAACCCGUACCGCAGGCACACCCAGGAGAUGAUCCGGCGGCUGGAGUCGGCCGGCCUGGGCUACAGGGUCAGCGCGCAGGAGACGGCCGACAGGCUGGGCUCCAUCCCGCUGCGGCAGCUGGUGUACCGGGUCCACGCCCUGCCCCCGAGCCUGGUUCCCCUGGUCUGGGACUUCGGGCAGCUGAACCUCAGCGCCGAGUGUCUCUACAUCCUGCAGAUCGUCCAGAGGUCGGUGGACCGCGCCCGGAUCGACGAGGGCCACACGCGGGUGAUGGCGAAGGUGCUGUGUGCCUCGCAGGCCUUCAUGAGGAGCAGGGAGAACGAGUGUGGCUUCGUCAGCCUCAGGGACGUGGAGCGCUGCAUGGCGGUGUUCCACUGGUUCCAUGAGCGCAGCGAGGCCCUCCUGGGCAGGCUGGACUCCUUCCUGGACGAGGCCGGCGUCAGGAAGGGCGGCCAGGUCGAGAGAGACCCGGUGCUCUGGGCCCUGGUGCUGGCUCUGGGGGUGUGCUACCACGCCUCUCUGGAGAAGAAGGAGUCCUACUGGAGGGUCGUCUGCAAGUUCCUUCCCGAGCCGUACGACAGCAGCAAGGCCGUCCUGGAAGAGAUAAGCCAGACACAGGCGCUCUUCCUGCACGGCGCGCCCCUGCGGCAGGCCAUCGCCAGGAACUCGGCCCUGCAGGAGAACGUCUUCAUGAUGGUCGUCUGCAUCGAGCUCAGGAUCCCGCUCUUCCUGGUGGGGAAGCCCGGCAGCUCCAAGUCUCUGGCCAAGACCAUCGUGGCGGACGCCAUGCAGGGCCCGGCCGCCCACUCGGAGCUCUUCCGGGGCCUGAAGCAGGUGCACCUGGUGUCGUUCCAGUGCAGCCCCCACUCCACCCCGCAGGGCAUCAUCGGCACCUUCCGGCAGUGCGCCCGCUUCCAGCAGGGCAAGGACCUGCAGCAGUACGUGUCCGUGGUGGUGCUGGACGAGGUGGGCCUGGCCGAGGACUCGCCCCGCAUGCCGCUGAAGGCCCUGCACCCGCUGCUGGAGGACGGUUGCAUCGAUGACGACCCGGCCCCCCACAAGAAAGUGGGCUUCGUCGGCAUCUCCAACUGGGCCCUCGACCCCGCCAAGAUGAACCGCGGCAUCUUCGUGGCGCGCGGCAGCCCCAGCCAGAAGGAGCUCAUCGACAGCGCGAGGGGCAUCUGCUCCUCCGACGGCCUCGUGCUGGCCCGCGUCCAGGGCUACUUCGCGCCCUUCGCCCGGGCCUACGAGGCGGUGUGCCGCAGCCAGGACAAGGAGUUCUUCGGGCUCCGGGACUACUACAGCCUCAUCAAGAUGGUCUUCGCCACGGCCAAAGCCUCGCUCCGGCCGCCCGCCCCGCGGGACAUCGCGCAGGCCGUCCUGCGCAACUUCAGCGGCAAGGACGACCUCCCGGCGCUGGACAUAUUCUGCGCCAGCCUGCCCGAGGCCCGCUGCGCCGAGGAGGUCAGCCCCCUGCAGCUCAUCAGGCAGAACAUCUUCGGGGACGCGCGGGCGUCGGGCGCGGGGCCGGCGGGGCCGGAGGGGCCGGAGGAGCCGGAGGUCCGCUAUCUGCUCGUGCUCACCAGGAACUACGUGGCCCUGCAGAUCCUGCAGCGGCUGUUCCGCGCGGGCCAGCAGCCCGAGAUCAUCUUCGGGUCCAGCUUCCCCAAGGACCAGGAGUACACGCAGAUCUGCAGGAACAUCAACCGCGUGAAGGUCUGCAUGGAGACCGGCAGGAUGGUGGUGCUGCUCAACCUGCAGAGCCUCUACGAGAGCCUGUACGACGCGCUCAACCAGUACUACGUGCGCCUCGGCGGCCACAAGUACGUGGACCUGGGCCUGGGCACGCACCGCGUCAAGUGCCGCGUCCACCCCGGCUUUCGGCUGAUCGUCAUCGAGGAGAAGGACGUGGUCUACAGGCAGUUCCCCGUCCCGCUCGUCAACCGGCUGGAGAAGCACUACCUGGACAUCCACACGGUGCUGCCGCCGUGGCAGAGGGGCGUCGCCGAGGAGCUCCAGGCGUGGGUGGCCAAGUUCGUGGACCUGAGGCCGGACCAGCUGCUGGCCAGGCACAAGUACAGCCCCGCCGACGUCUUCAUCGGGUUCCACUCCGACACCUGCGCCUCCGUGGUGCUGCAGGUGGCCGAGAGGCUGGGCGCCCGGGACCUGACCGGCGAGCACUACCAGCAGGUGCUGGAGGAGGCCAAGCUGGCCCUGCUGGGCUGCGCCACGCCUGACGCCGUGGUCCGGCUGAGCGCGUCCUUGCUGGGCGGCUUCACCGCGCAGGGGCUGUCACGGGAGUACUACAGCUGCCAGCGGCACGACUCCUUCGCCGACUUCCUGCAGGCCCAGCUCCGCACGGUGGAUCCGGAGUGCCGGGCCGUCUUCACCGAGGUCACCACGUUCUCCAGGCUGCUGACCAGUCAGGACUGCGAGUGUCUGGGGGCGGAGCUGGCCGGCCGGGCUCCGAGGCCCACGGUCCUGUCGCUGCAGCAGUUCGACACCGAGUACUCCUUCCUCAAGGACGUUCGAAACUGCUUAAUGAAGACGGCCAGGUAUAAAAUCCUCAUCAUCCAGACGGACUUUGAGGACGGGGGCCACAGCGCUCAGCUCAUCGCGUCGGCUAAGUAUUCUGCUACAAAUGAAAUCAACAAACUGCAAGGACAGGAGGACUGCGUGCUGGUCUACUUCAUCACAAAGCUGUCGCGGAUGGGGAGCGACGCGGCCUACGUGGGAUUCCACGGAGGGCUGUGGCACUCGGUGCACAUUGACGACCUCCACAGGUCCACGGCGAUGGCCUCGGACGUGACCAGGCUGCAGAACGUCCCCAUCAGCCAGCUGUUCCAGCAAGGAGACGGCCCCGAGCCGAAAGGCGACCAUGAGGGGGACAUGGAAGUGGAUGAGGCUGAGUCAGGGGCCGCGGAGGUGGUGGAAAUGGAGACCGAGAGUCCAGAGGGGAUGGAACAUGGCGCCCCGGCCCCAGCAGGCAGCGACGUGCCCCUCCUGGACAGCACCCAGCUGCUGCAGAGCUGCGUGCAGAGUGCCGUGGGGAUGCUCCGGGACCCGGCCGAGAGCGGCCAGCGCAACAUGAGGAGGGUGGAGCUGCUGCUGGGGCUCCUGAGCGGGGACGCCGCCUUCCUGCAGGUGCUGAAGGUGCGGCUGCACGGCCUCCUGAGGAGGCAGGAGGAGAACCAGCUGCGCAGUCAGGACUGGGUGCUGAGGGCGGCGUCCAACCAGGACGCGCUGCAGGAGGCCGGCACCUUCAGGAACUCCCUCUGGAAGCGGGUCCAAGGCGUGGUCACCCCGCUGCUGGCCAGCGUGGUGUCGUUCAUCGACAGAGACGGCAACCUGGAGCUGCUGGCCAGGCCGCGCCCUCCGGCCUGGACACGGGCUCUGUGGAUGUUCAUCUUCACGGACACCAAGCUGCUGGACAUCCCCCUGGUGACGAGUGACACCAGAUCCAAAGGCGAGGUGACCUCCAUCUUGGUGCAGAACCACAUGAGCCUCCCCGAGGGCGCCGACACCCCGUUCAGCUGGAGGAUCAAGGACUACCUGGAGGAGCUGUGGGUGCAGGCUCAGUACAUCACCAAUGCCGAAGGACUGCCCGGGAAGUUGGUGGAGAUCUUCCGGCAGACGCCUCUCGGCAGCUUUGUCGCGCGGCUCCCUGCGGAGCAGCAGCGGGAGCUUCUCCAGUGCUUCCUGAGGGACUUCGUCCUCUUGAGCAUGAGUGUGUCCACGGGGGAGGAAUUCAAGCUUCUGCAGAUGGCUCUGUGGGCCUGCAUGCGGGAGCUCAGCGCGGCCGCGGGCCAGCCGGAGGACGGGCUGUCCCUGCCGUGGGUGCUGCUGGCGCAGCAGCACUUCGCGAGCCGGCUGCAGAACCUGUCCCGCAUCCUGACCCUGAAGCCGCAGGUCCUCCCCAGCCUGGCACAGAAGCACGACCUGGCCGGCAGUGAGAUGACGCUGGAUGUGUUUGCGGCCAUGGCCUGUGCAGAAAUGCUGACCAGAGACACCCUGCAGCCCAGCGCCCGGGACUGGCUGCAGCAGGUGAAGAGCCUGUCCACGCCGCUGGAGCUGGUCUGCUCCGAGGGCCACCUGCAGGGCAGCGGGCACGAGGCCAGGGCCGUCAGCCGGGAAGUCAGAGCCCAGUGGCGCCGGAUCUCCUCCGUGGCGCUCUUCGUGGAGCACGUGCUGCUGGGCGCCGAGAGCCAGAUCCCCGAGCUGUGCCCGCAGGUGACCUCCUACGUCUUCUCGCUGGACAAG